AUGUGUAAAUUCAAAAAAGAAAUAUGGGACACACAGGAGGUCACAUGUGAAGGUAUAUGUAAGGACACUAGAAUAAGAAUAUUAUUGAAAGAAUAUGAAUUGUUUAAAAUGAAUGAAUACAAUAGCAUAGUUGAGAUGUAUGAACGAUUCUCUAGGAAAACUAUAUAUGAAUGCAGACCUUGUUAG